AUGUUCAAGUCGAAUACAGCGCUGAAGCAAUGCAUCGUCGUCCGCCGAGCGAUGAUAUACGAUUCCGACGGCGCGGAUGGUAUUCGUUCGUCGAACGAGGCUGGAAAGCUCGUGGCCCAAAUCUCCACGCGGACCACUGAGGCCCGCGCUCUCGCUCACCAACUCGCUGGUGCCGUCGCCGACCCGGCAGCACCGUCUUUAUCGCGCCAAUGCGAUCAGCAGCGCGUCGCCGCUAUCCGCAAGUCAUCGACACCUCCACCAUUGUUCUCCCUGUCGUGCAAGCUCGACAGCUUUGGCAUCACUCUAGUGACCUCGUCUGCACCUCAACGACUUUGGCUUCACCCUGACCACUCUCGCACACCUCCGGCUUCACCUCCACUAUUCCUCUCUGCAGCCUUCGCCUUCGCUUCGCUUUCAAAGGCGUCCUUUGCUUUCACUCCCAAGCGCGACCCUCGCCCUCGCUCUCGCUCUCAAGCACACCCUUCAACUUCACCUUCACGCCUCGCUUCCACUUCCGCUCUCAAGCUCGUCAUCUACCUCGCUUCUCGCCUCAAGCCUCCGGUCCUCAUCCCGAGCUGUCCAGUGCUCACCUCAAGCUCCCCGGCGCUUACCCCAAGCUUCCCAACGCUGUCUCGAGGUCCCCGGGGCUCUCCACCUCCCGAAGCUCCCCUUUGCUGUCUGUCGCCUCCCCAACCAGUUCACGGUGCCCAAAGCCCCUCGAGCGAUUGCUGAAGCCCUUUGAUCAAUAUAGCAAUGAAUCGUCGUCCGCCGAGCGAGGUAAUGCGGUCUGGGGAGCCCUACUUACCCAAGAUCUUCUUGGCUACCUAGACAAGGUCUCGAGCAUGAUGCUGACCCCUCGAGCGCUUUGCUGACCCCUUGAUCAUUCUGCUGACCCUCGA